UCGCAUGGAAGUGACGUUUUGAUGUUAAACGCAUGCGCACUGCGAGUUUUGCGCUGACGCAAGAUACCUGCGGUACAGAACCCAUCAAGAAACAAAGUAGCCAGGUUUCCUAAACUUGUCCACUCGCAAACAUGUCUGGAGACGAGAUGAUUUUCGAUCCCAACAUGACCAAGAAAAAAAAGAAGAAGAAGAAGCCCUUCAUGCUGGAUGAGGAAGGAGGAGAUGGGUUAGGAGGUGAAGAAGUAAAAGAGGUAGAGGUGAGAGAGGCAGAACCAGAGGCUGGUGAUGACAAGGACCUGGAUAUGGAUGAAGAUGAUAGUAGAAAGAAAGAAACAUCUGAUGAUUUGAAUGAUCUCAACUUUUUCAACCAGAAAAAAAAGAAAAAGAAACCCAAAAAGGUGUUUGAAAAUGACAUCGAGGAGGGGAUGAAAGAGCUUAAAAUUGAGGGCGACCAAAGUGAUGUUCUCGAGGAGGACAACCUAGACCUGAUGCUUCCAGACAAAAAGAAGAAGAAGGCCAAAAAAGUCGAUUUCGAGGAAGGGGAACCCAUUGAGAAGGAUGACGCACUGGAGGAUGAUGAGGGGAAAAACAAUGAUGGCAUUUCAUUCAGUUCCACCACUGGACCAGCCUGGGCUGGCUCUGAAAGAGACUAUACAUAUGAUGAGCUCCUGAACAGAGUUUUCAACAUUAUGAGGGAAAAGAACCCAGACAUGGUGGCGGGAGAGAAGAGGAAGUUUGUGAUGAAGCCCCCUCAAGUGGUGCGAGUGGGGACCAAAAAGACCUCUUUUGUCAACUUCACAGAUAUUUGCAAAUUGUUGCAUCGUCAGCCCAAACAUCUUCUCGCCUUUCUACUGGCUGAGCUGGGAACAAGUGGUUCCAUUGAUGGUAACAACCAGCUUGUGAUCAAAGGAAGAUUUCAACAGAAACAGAUAGAAAACGUCUUGAGAAGAUACAUCAAGGAGUAUGUGACGUGCCACACCUGCCGCUCUCCAGAGACCAUCCUGCAGAAGGACACCCGCCUCUAUUUCCUGCAGUGCGAGACGUGCCACUCGCGCUGCUCCGUGGCUAGCAUCAAGACUGGUUUCCAGGCCGUGACGGGCAAGAGGGCGCAGCUCCGCGCCAAAGCCAACUGAAGGGCCACUGCAAAAUGCCUGGACCUCCUCUUCUCUGCUCCUGGCUUCCCCGCUCUCUUUGUCGGAAGGGUCACGACUGCGGCGCGAAGCCUCCCCCAUUUUGAAAAAGGACUUGCAUUGCAUUGAAGUGCAGGUGGGAUAAGUUUGAUAAUGGUAUUCUGCCCCGAGUGGGCGGAAGGCCAGAUGUCUGCCAUCUACAUUGUUGGAUGCAUUUGGAUUAUUUUGACCCUCAACAUUUUUGCUGUUCUUGUUGAUUCCUGGAAUAAAAAUAGAUUUAUCAAAAGUUGAA